UUUUUCACUUUUAAAUUUAAAUACACCAAUAAAGUGAAGGUUCACGUAAACCCCGAGUAACACUUCACCUUUCCCCCUAUACAUAUAACCACACUCUCAUCAAAUACAUUUGAGACUGAAUCAUAUAUUCAUGAAGUUUUUCUUCCCAGAGCUUGGUUUCUGUUUUGGCGGUACCGUCGUAACGCCCACAACGGAGAUCAUCUGCACUGAUGUCUCAACUACCCGUCGACGUGUAAGGCAUGGUAAAUUCACCAAACACUGGAAGCCCGAGCUCUCAGCAAUCGCAGAGGAUGGUGGCGUGCUAAACGCGCGUAGACAGAGUCAUGAAUCGCUCAGAUCGGAGAAGAAACUGUUGAACAAAACCCGAUCAGCUGGAAAAACUCGAUCUCAUUCGUUUAGUAGCGGUGAUUACAGGAAAUACACUCAGACAAUGGCGAUUCCUGCGUUUUCUCCAACACCGUUCGUGUUCUGAUUCGGAUGAUCGAAGGCGCUGGUUUCUACAUCGCAUUUUUAUAUCGAAAAUUGUGAAUGAUUCUACUUUGGUGUGUAAUGGUAUUAGAUCGGGAUGAUGUAUCGCCAAUUAGUUUAUUGCAAUAGAAACAUAGUUUUCGACAAAGUAAAAAUCUAUAUAUUUCUUUUAUUAGUUGCA